GGCGUCGGCGGCGGCCCCGCCAUGGCGGUGUCGCCCUACGUGCAGGCCAUGCAGGAGCUGUUCCGAGCCAACACGCGGAGCCGCGAGUUCCCGGCGCACGGCGCCAAGGUGCACUCGGUGGCCUGGAGCUGCUGCGGCCGCCGCCUGGCCUCCGGGUCUUUCGAUAAGACGGCCAGCGUCUUCCUGCUCGAGAAGGACCGGCUGGUGAAAGAGAACAACUACCGGGGGCACGGGGACAGCGUGGAUCAGCUCUGCUGGCACCCCAGCAACCCCGACCUCUUCGUCACGGCGUCCGGGGACAAGACCAUCCGCAUCUGGGACGUCCGCACCACCAAGUGCAUCGCCACUGUCAACACCAAAGGGGAGAACAUCAACAUCUGUUGGAGCCCUGAUGGGCAGACCAUUGCAGUGGGGAACAAGGAUGAUGUUGUCACCUUCAUCGAUGCCAAGACACAUCGCUCCAAAGCUGAGGAACAGUUCAAGUUUGAGGUGAACGAGAUCUCCUGGAACAACGAUAACAACAUGUUCUUCCUCACUAACGGGAACGGCUGCAUCAACAUCCUCAGCUACCCGGAGCUGAAACCCAUUCAGUCCAUCAACGCCCAUCCUUCAAACUGCAUCUGCAUCAAGUUUGAUCCCAUGGGGAAGUACUUUGCCACGGGCAGCGCUGAUGCGCUCGUCAGCCUCUGGGAUGUGGACGAGCUGGUGUGUGUGAGGUGCUUCUCGAGGCUGGACUGGCCUGUGCGAACGCUGAGCUUCAGCCACGACGGGAAGAUGCUGGCGUCGGCAUCAGAGGAUCACUUCAUUGACAUCGCGGAGGUGGAGACAGGAGAGAAGCUCUGGGAGGUGCAGUGCGAGUCCCCCACCUUCACAGUGGCCUGGCACCCGAAGAGGCCUCUGCUGGCCUUCGCCUGUGACGACAAAGAUGGCAAAUACGACAGCAGCCGGGAGGCAGGCACUGUCAAGCUCUUUGGGCUCCCCAAUGACUCCUGAGGAAACGGCAGCGGGGCAGGGCAGCGGGGAGGCGAUGCUUCCCUGCUCUCAGGGAUGGGAGGGUGCUUAGGUAGCGUAGGACGGGGUGAGGAGGUCUCUCCCCUCCUUGCCUGCUCGGCAGUGCCCUCGCGUUGUCCCAGCUCUGCGUGUGCCGCUCUCGAGAGCAUUUGUAAAAAGCAGCUUGUGUGCCGGUGAGGCUGGGGGGUGCCAGCAGAACCCCCCCCCUCACUGUCUCAGGGCUACCUUGUCUCCAGGCCACGUAGGGCCUGUUCCAAAGGCAAGUGGCCAAAGAAAAUCACUGAACGUGAGUGCUGAGGAGCCUCCCGAGGCAGGAGCUCUGCUCUAGGGCAGCGGCACGCAGCUCCCCAGCAGCGAAAAGCUCCGUGACCAUCCCCUGCUCUCCACCCUCGCGGCCCGGGGGUGAGGGCAGCCCCGGAGCACGGCCUGCCCCUUCCCCUCCCACACGUCCCCCGUCUCUUCCCCGCGUGGGAACAGCAGGGGGGCAGCACGGGGAGGGUGGGGACGCGUGGGCUGGGGGAUGUUUCCCCCCCGCUGGGGCAUUUUUUUUUUGUACGUGUGGUUGUUUUUAUAAUUUUGAUAAAUCCUCUUCCGUAACGAA